GGGGGGUGCACGGAGAGUGUUCAGCCCCAAUUUCCAUCCUAACUCACCCUAAUUAAAAGAGCUUCUCCUCUCCACUGUGCGGCAGCCCCUCCCCCUAGACACCACCGCAACUCCGACCUCCGGGACCACGCCUGCACCGCCUGAAUCACCGGCGACGAUUCUGACCACCGUCGCGAGCCCCGCCGGCGACGACAUCGCUAUUCGAUUCACGCGCCCCUGCACCAACGUCCGCAACGCCCACAACGUCUUCCCCAGCGCGUUCCAAACAGGGGCUGCACCGAUCCCCUUCACGGCCGCAAGGUUCAGCUCGCCGGAGGUCGCCGCAGGUCGCCGUCAGCAGCUCCAGCCGUCGCAGACGCCCACGCCGCAGCCAUUCAUCUCCAAACCUUGCUUAAUUAUAACGAAUUAAGCAUAUAAAUUUAUAGAACCUUCUUUCCCUGUAAUUUUAACUAUGAAUUGGGUUUUGAGCUAGAUGAAUGUAAGUGAUGAAAGAAAGAGUGAGGAGUGUGAUUUUUCUGCUUCAGAACUUUUGUGACAGUCAGAAGAAAGUUCGGCAGAUAAAAGCGCAACUCAUCCGCCGUAACCUCUAUCCAAACACCAGAAUCGCCGAGCACUUCAUCGGCGCGUGCUAUUCACACGGCCUUAUAAACUCCGCUCUUCUUCUCUUCACCACCCUCCCUCCUUCUCCCCACGUUUACAUCUUCAACACCCUCAUCAGAGUCUUCUCCCAAUCUCAAACCCCACACACCACUCUCUUAAUCUACGCCCACAUGCGCCGCAACAACGUUCUCCCCAACAAUUUCACCUUCCCACCUCUCUUCAAGGCCCUCUCCGAAGCGCGCCACGUCACCCAAGCCCGCUGCGUCCACACCCACGUCCUCAAACUCGGCCACCACCAAGACCUCUUCGUCGGCAACGCCCUCCUUGACGUCUACGCCUCGAGCCGCCAAGUGGGGUUGUGUCGCAGCCUGUUCGAUGAAAUGCUUCAGAGAGACGUCGUUUCCUGGAGCGUGUUGAUCGCCGGGUACAACAACGUUGGGAACUAUGAUGAUGCCUUGGUUGUGUUUGAACAAAUGCAGUAUGCGGGUUUUGUGCCUAAUAGGGUCACCAUGAUCAACGCCUUGCAUGCCUGCGCUCACUCUGGUAAUGUUGAAAUGGGGGCGUGGAUACAUGGGGCUGUAAAAAGGGAGGGGUGGGAGUUGGAUGUCAUAUUGGGGACGGCUUUGGUUGACAUGUAUGGGAAAUGUGGGAGAGUUGAAGAGGGGUUGAGUGUGUUCUGGAGUAUGAAGGAAAAAAAUGUGUUUACUUGGAAUGCGGUUGUAAAAGGGUUAGCUUUGGCUAAGAGUGGACAAGAGGCGAUUCGGUGGUUUAACAGAAUGGAGAAGGAGGGUGUUAGAGCGGAUGAAGUGACUUUGUUGGCGGUUUUAUCUGCGUGCAGUCACUCGGGUUUGGUGGACAAGGGUAGCGAGAUUUUUGGGUUGUUGGUUGAUGGGAGGUAUGGGUUUUGUGCUAAUGUUAAACACUAUGCUUGUAUGGUUGACGUGUUGGCGCGUUUUGGGCGUUUGCAUGAAGCUGUUGAGUUCAUGGGACGCAUGCCUUUUGGACCCACAAAAGCUAUGUGGGGAUCGUUGUUAUUUGGUUCCAAAGUUCAGGGUGACUUGGAGUUGGGGCUGCUGGCGGCUGAAAAGCUCAUUGAAUUGGAUCAGGAAAACUCUACCUAUUACGUUCAUCUCUCGAAUAUCUAUGCUGCAAUGGGAAGAUGGGGGGAUGUUGAGAAAGUGAGAGGGGUGAUGAAGGAUAGACAACUGAAUAAGGACUUGGGGUAUAGUUCUGUGGAGGUAGAACACCAAAGACAUGUAAACGAAUUUUUGGCGUAGUAACCAACUAUUGUCGUGUUGAAGAUAAGGUAUCUUCCUGUCCGGUGUGAAGGACAAAUCCCUUGAGAUACUCCUAUACAAACAAACCAGGAAAUCAAGCUUCUUGCCACAUGCUUAAGAGCUUGGUUUUUAGUAGCCAACAUGUUAUUGUCAUUUUUAUCCAACUUAAGAUGGAAUACUUAUCAUUUCUGAACAUACAGAACUCCAAGUCAGCUAUUACUUCUGUUUUGGCCCACUAUGCUUCAACAUGUAUUUCUUGUUUGUCAGUGAUUAAGGAUGCUGGUACUGUAAUGUUGGGCUACAUUACUGUCGGUGAUGUUCAAGGAUGGUAGAAAUGACCAACCGUGUUUCUGUCGAAAGCAUGUACUUCAUAUUUGAAGUAAGCAUAUAUGUUCAGCAUUAUUGUUUAGGCUCACUGCUGUUGAUCUGAAAAUUGCCAGCCAUUGAUGGUCGAUGAGCCAGAAUAAGUUUACAGAACCCCAUCACUAUAUAUCGACCAUUUGUCAUUGCGAGCUAAUGUACGUGUGUGUUACUACCAGACUAAAGAUAGUAACACACUCAACAGUUGAAUAAUCUGUAUAUUACAUUACUUGAUGGACCAACAAACCAACUAUUUGCACUUUCUGGUGUGCCUUUAAUCAUGGAAGGCACUACGCAACAUUGCAACUUGACUUUGGGACUGCAGAGUCUGGGAUAUUCUACUCGUUUUCCCACAACAGGAAUAUGUGUAGUUUACACAGGGCAUAGAUUUUUGUGCAUUUCAUCAACUCAUUCAUUCUUAUUCCUUUCAAGUAGUUUCUUGGGAAUUUGGAUACAUCUUUGUUCAUUUGGUGUAAUGAUCAUAUCCUUCAAUAUCUUUAGAUGGUUUUCAUGUUCCGUA